UUGUGUCGGUCGUGUUUAUGUUUUGUGCUCGCCAUUAAAAAAAUAAAUAUGAAAGUUUCAAAUGUUAAUUUCUUCAUACUGGUGAAAUAUAAUUGUUAAAUAUUAAAAAAAAAAAAAUUGGUGAAAUCGAAAAUGAAUUAAUGGAAAGUCCUCAGUUAAAUAUUCGAAGAGUAGUUACACAGUGCAGCAACUUAAGUGUGAAAGUUGUUUUUCUUUUAAUUCGUUGCAAAAACAAAAAUUAAAAUUAAUACACAUUAAAAUGGCAGAGCAAAGAGCAAGAAGAUUACGAUCUAAAAUCAAUUUGGCAAAAUUAGAUAAUGGAAUACUAUUACGACAACUGCACAUUGAUGAUAGCAACAACACCAACCAUAGUGAAAUGGUAGUCAACGUCGACAAAAAUGAAGAAGCUCAAAAUGUCAAUGUUAUUAAGCAAGAGCCUGAUGACGAUUUUUCAAGGGUUGAAUUCCGCAUAAAGCCCUCAGCAAAUAGAAGUGUGAAUAAUUAUCGUCCUGCUGAUUUGGAUGAAGAGUUGCUUUCUCCGCAUACAGAUGAUUUGGCAGCGCGGUUUGAAGACUACGGUACGACGCCACCACGCACCAGAAUGAAGAUUAAAAGUCGUGACUGGGAGCGGAAGAAGGCACAUGCUGUCGCCUCUGUGGGAUCUGCAAUAGACACUGCACCGAGUACGCCGAAAAAAGGCGCAACGCGUUUGGCUCGUUCGCGUGUCCUUCGUCGCAACACCAUGGAUUGUGCGCUGCUAAAUGAAAUGUUCGUUAAUGAGGAGAAUAAACGUACCAGUAAACGUGCACAAGAUUUGUUGCGUGAUGCUGAACGUGAACUCAAAAAUUCCAUGAUAUCGGCGACGGCAACCAGUUAUAGUACACGCGGUUCAAGUUUGCUUGAUAAUUCAUUUCAUCUGGAGUCCAUGGAUAAAUGCACGCCACUCAAUUCCGAAGUAGGUUUACGUGGAUCUUCAAAAGUAGUAGAGUCUUGCAAUCGCUACAUGUGUGUAUCAUCACGACCGAUUGGUUAUCGCGCAUCAGCUCCAGCGUCGGCAUUUGCACUACAGCUGCGUAGUGAACGUACGCCUGGCUUGAAUAUACGUAAAGAAUUUCAUGAGACCUUUGCCAAUCUCAUCAAAUUGGGGAGUGUUGAUCGGCAGGAUGCUAAGCUCUCACAUGAGGAGCACACCUGGCAGGCGGAACUGAAAGAUCUCAUUUGGCUGGAGCUGCAAGCGUGGCAGGCUGAUCGGACCAUGGAGCAACAGGACAAAUACUUGUUCAAUGCACGACAAGCAGUCCCUGAAUUGCUAUCACAAAUAAUCAACUAUAAAUUUCAGCCACGCUUUCAGCGUGCCAUGAGCGAAAUGAGUGUGGACAGCGGCAUUAGUACGGAUAGCAAUACAAGUUCACCACAACCGGGCAAAAUGUGCACGGGCUGCAUGUCUUUAUACUGUAAAGAUUGCAUGGAUCAACAUGAGAUUGCUAUGAGAGAAGUGGAAGAACUUUUAACGCGUUUGGAAGCUGCAGAGGCGUUGUAUCCUUCGUCUCAAGUCAUGGGUGCAUUUCAUCCGAUUUAUAAGAAUGAGAAUUUUGUGGGACGCAUUAAGGCCAUGUGCUUGUGGUAUAAUAUAACACGUCAGAAUCAAUUGAAAUUAUGUAGCUUCGGCAAAAUAUUAGCAAGAUUACAAUCUGAGAAAUUCUCUUGGCCUGUACAAACAUCCUAUGCGGGCACCGAUAGCGGUACCUCCUCUGGUUUAGAAAACGACGAUUCUGGUGUGAACUCCGUCGAUUCAACCAAAACUAGUUCUAGUCAAGCAACACCUCAACGAAAGCUUUCAUCUAUAUUUUCCACGCCUAAGGUACAGUUCAUGCUGAAUGAUGUGGCGCAGGUGCCGGGUGAAACCUCAAGUAGUAAUGAAUCUACCUCAACUGAAGUUAGUCAUUUGUCAUGCGAAGCAACCGCCACACUUUUGCGUAAGAGUUCAAUGCACGACAUUAAUAUUUUUAGCGUUGAACCACUAGCCAGCUGUAAUGAUGCUAAUUCUUCGGCGCUUUACAGAAAGUUUAUUGAGAAUGUACUAAAAUCUCGUGGCCUCGCAAAGGCAUUGUCCUUUUUAAAUAAAUUGCACAAUGUUGUACUGUACAAAGCACACAUUUCGUUGGAGAAGCCCGGCACAGAAGACUAUGAUUUCGAAACGGAACGCAUCGAUGAGGAUGUACCACGUUUAGAACCGGAAAUAAGUCGUGAACAGAUAGAUGAGCUACGACGUUUCGGCUAUUGGAGUGACGAGGCAAAGUCCAUAAACCUGCCCACAUACAUUCCCUCUUUUGUAUUUCUUAGCGGCAUACCAUUGCAAUUUAUGCAUGAGUUUUUGCGCAUGCGUUUGGAAACACGACCACCAAAACCAAAUCCAUUAAGUUUGGAACAACUCAUGAAGGAGUUGCGUGAGGGCUUGACAUUAGCUUUAACACAUCGUGAACGUUAUCAGCGUCACAUAACGACAGCCCUAGUUGAGAACGAAGUGGAGUUAGAGCGUUAUAUUGGUAUAUUGAAUCACUUUGACAAAACUGUGCGAAAAGUUUUCGAGCUCUACUUGGACUAUAUUGAUCAAUUGGUGUUGCAAUCGGGACCGGAGGGUAAUAAGAAGUCUGCUUUGGAAAAAGAAUGGAUGUUUACCAAGCUUAUUAGUCCCAUGAUAAAUGGCAUGCAUACAAUUGCUGCGAAAAAAUUCUGUACCAUUAUACGUAAUUUAUUGCGUAGCAUAUCGGAUCGUUUAGUCAGUCGUGCAUCUGAAUUGGACAUUCAAAUCGAUGAUACAGCGCAACAUGGCGAAAGUGAUUUGAAAUGGCAAUUGUUAACAAUUUGCAGAGAGACCCAAUCACUCUUCACCAUUGAACGUGAACGUUCGGUGAAGGUACUCUUCUUUGCCAAGAUGUUUUGCCGUGACGUCGAGACCACCGAUUUUCAUCGUGAACAUUACGAAGACGAUGUGAUUAAUCAACAACAGGAUUUUGUUUGUGCUGAAAUAAAGAAGUCAUUUAAGCUGCUGCAAAAGGAUAUACUCGAUGUGCGUAAUAAAUUGUCGAAAAUAAUCGAACGUGUAAUGGAGCGCUGCUGUCCGGAACAAAUGUCUGAAUUGGACGAUCAAGAUAGGCAAGCAGUACUAUCACGAACGCGUGAGAUUCUACAUCAAGGCUAUAAAUUUGGUUUUGAAUAUAAUAAAGACGUAAUCCGCUUGUUCGAGCAACGUAUAAUGGCGAACAAAGAUGAAUCGUGUGAGGUCGACUUGGCGUUAGGUAUAAUUGAUUUCGCUAAAAUGUGGAUGCAUUUCGUUAUGGAACGUUGCGAACGUGGUCGUGGUAUGCGUCCUCGUUGGGCUUCGCAAGGUCUGGAGUUUCUUAUACUUGCCUGCGAUCCACAAAUUACGCGUCAUCUUGAUGAGCGACAAUUUGAGGACUUAAAAAAACAAAUGGAUCGCUGCAUCUCGCAUGUUAUUGGCAUCACCUCAGAACCGGAGAAAAUAGCACGCAAAAAAGCUUCUCCACGCACACGUAAAACGUCUUCGCCGGCAACCAGCCGGUCUCGUACACCGACACGUACGCCCAUAUCGGUGGGCACUGGCACAAAUCCGAAUACACCAUUAAGUUCGCCGCAGUAUAACAAAUUUUUACACCCACAAUUCAGUUUGAAAGAGGAAGUGUUGCGCAAUGCUGCUGAUGGCACACCAGAAUACACGAUCGGCGAUGGUCAUGACUCGCCGGAUUAUAAUGUUAAUAGCACGACAGAUAAACAUGAGCAAUUACGUUUAAUUGUGCCACAAUCUUCACCUAUUUCGAAAUCACCAACUAACGGUAGCAGUUCGUCGUUGGCUCCUCGGCAAAUACGGGUGCGAGAUGCUGUGAAUCGUUUGGAUAUGGAAAUCGAAGAGAAUCUACGUGAGCGUAAUUUAAUUGGUCAUAUUAAGGCGCUGAAUACUUGCGAUAAGGUGCAAAUACGUGCGCGUAGCGUGAACUUUCAUUGGCAUCGUGGCAUUAAAAUUGGCCAAGGUCGUUUUGGUAAGGUUUAUACCGCUGUCAACAACAAUACCGGUGAAUUGAUGGCCAUGAAAGAGAUUGCAAUACAGCCAGGCGAAACACGUGCUCUCAAAAAUGUCGCUGAAGAGCUUAAAAUUCUGGAGGGCAUUAAGCAUAAGAAUUUGGUGCGCUACUAUGGCAUCGAAGUGCAUAGGGAAGAACUUUUAAUUUUUAUGGAACUCUGCUCUGAAGGUACUUUAGAAGCACUCGUUGAACUCUCGGGUGGUUUACCUGAAGGUUUAGUACGCCGCUUCACUGCGCAACUAUUGUCAGGUGUUGCUGAAUUACACAGACAUGGUAUUGUUCAUCGUGACAUAAAGACUGCGAAUAUAUUUUUAGUGGAUGGCAGUAAUAGUCUAAAAUUAGGAGAUUUUGGCUCAGCGGUGAAAAUACAGGCGCAUACUACUGUCCCGGGCGAACUGCAAGGCUACGUGGGAACACAAGCUUACAUGGCGCCAGAGAUAUUUACUAAAACGAAUAGUGAUGGUCACGGUCGUGCAGCGGAUAUUUGGUCUGUGGGCUGUGUGGUUGUUGAAAUGGCAUCGGGACAACGUCCUUGGGCACAAUUUGACUCGAAUUUCCAAAUUAUGUUCAAAGUGGGUAUGGGCGAGAAGCCUGAAGCACCCGAAAGUCUCUCACAGGAAGGGCACGAGUUUGUGGAUAAAUGUUUGCAACACGAUCCAAAAGAUCGUAUGACUGCUUUGGAAUUGUUGGAACAGAACUUUUGCAAGUAUGGUCAUGGCGAUGAGUUGAAUUGUGAUCAGGCACAACAUGAAGUGCGUCGUUCAUUUCGUCGUAAUGUUAAAUUCAGAUAACCUUCUUCAGGAUUUGAGUGCUCAUUAAUGUGCUCAUAAUUGCAUAUAGAGAAAUUUAUAAAAAUUCCUUCAUGUGUACUAUAUAUAAUAUAUGUAUGUAUGUAUGGCAAAUUUAUUGUUGUAUAGAUGAUUGUAUUAUAAUGCAUUUAUGCAUUAUUUGUAGUGCUAAACACACGUAUGAUGAGAAUACACAAAAAAUGUGUAUAUAAUGUAUAGACUAUUUAUUGUAAAUAUAAGUUAACAAAAUGUCUAAAGUGUCUUAAGAAUGUAUACAUACUAAUAUAAUUAAAUUUUGUGUGUGUAUUUCGACUAUCGCUGUUAAUAUGGAUAAUUUCCUUGUUAAAUCUAUACGGAAUUUUAUGGAUCUGCAAAAACUCCACAUUCGAUUGUCAUUUUAAAUAAAUGUAUAUAUACGUACUUAUGUAAGUACUUAGCCUA